CUUCUUACCAACGACUUGACCACGGCCAUCAAAGAAAUUUAUUGCUGUUCAUUAGGAUCAAUCUGGUACAAUUCAAUGGCAGGGAAGCCAGAUUUGACCUGACCCUCUUCCGGCGCUCCCAGAGCUGUGGACUGCCCUUCUUUCUUCCAGCCUGGGAUAAGUUGUACUGACUGUCGCUACACGAGCAAUAUUAGUAUGUUUACCCGCGUGCGACAGUGUCCCGAGUAUCGGCCACGAUCAAUGCCACUUUGGCGAACUGGGAAGCCGGAUAACAAUCAGCGAGCCCCUGGAUCAGACCUGACAGCUGUCACCUUUUGGUGCCUAGCUCGGCACGCCUUUUUCUCUGCCUGAAGAAUCUCACGUCCGGAAGAUGGCUGCUGUCAGUUCCUGGUGAUAGAGUCUCAAGCGAUUUAGUCUGACUGCAUUGGGAUCAUCCCUGUGUCUGGCAGCUUCGACAUGGUAUCAGUCAUAAGGUAGAAUCUGCCGCGCAAGAAUGCUUCCCUGUGUCUCUCUACCAUUGCUCGAAGGCAUCUGCGGCAUGUCUCGUUGAAUAUACACAUUUUGUGGCCAUUGACUUGAUCACAGAUUUAACACGCCAACCAUGCAAAACCACAUAUCCUCACUGGACGGACUCCGCGGUAUAGCCUGCUUUCUCGUCUACAAUUUCCAUUGGGCAUUUGAGAAUGGCUACGGCAACCGGACUGAAGGAAUGGCGUCCACCGUCAACCUGUGGUGGGAGCAACCGUGGAUCAGCUGGAUGUACGCCGGCAAGUCAAUGGUCUACGUCUUCUUCGUCAUCUCCGGCUAUGUCUUAUCAUACAAGCCAUUGACGCAGAUACACCAAAACCACGGUGCGACCGCGGCAACAUGCUACCCGACGCUGGCAUCAUCGGUAUUCCGACGCGGCAUCCGACUCUUCCUGCCUACCAUGAUCGAUACGCUUGUCACUGCGCUCCUAAUACGAACCUCAAUCUUCGAGAUGUCUAUCCGAACAUUCUUGGACACGAAGAUGAAGAAGUCGUAUCUAGACAUUUGGAUGGGCCCGAAAAGACCAGAGGACACCAUUUGGCAGGAGCUGCGCGUAGCCAUCAUAACAUGCUGGGGAUACAUAGACAGCGCAGUGAUACCGUGGAGCGAAAGAGAGAUCGACGUCCGAAAAUACGACGACGUUCACUGGACCAUCCCAGUCGAGUUCAAAUGCAGCAUGAUGUUGUUCAUACUUUUGAUCAGCACGGCACACAUCCGUACACGAGCUCGGCUUUUCAUCCACUGCUUGGCAUGCGUGUAUGCGUUUACGAACGGUCGUCAGGCUCUCUUCUGCUUUUUCGCCGGUAUGGUUCUGGCCGAGACAGAUGUCAUGGCAAGGAUAGCUGGCGCAGUACCCCCGCCUGCAAAAGACUAUCUCCUCAAUGCCCGGGAUCUUGAGGCUGCAAGCCGCGAAAGCAAGGAGUUCGAGAAGGGGUAUUUGCGCAGAACGAUGAAAAAGCCUCGCUGGCAGAGACCUGGCCGGGCCCUUCUCUGUUUGCGGCCGACUGCAUCACUGGCCCGGACGAUCACCCUCGUCUUCGGAAUCUACCUCAAUGUGGCGUCUUUGAAACCUCAAGCAGAACCAUCGAUGGGUUAUUCGACCGUAGUCGACAAAGUUGUGGCAUCAAUCUGCGGAAACAGUGACCCCGUUGAGGCCACCAGGAGUAUCGGCGCAGUGCUGGUCACUUGGACGGUAGCCAACAGCACUGAUACUUGCAUCGGCUUCCUCUUUUCCAACAGGGUUGCUCAAUGGCUAGGCAAAAUCUCAUUCGGAAUCUACCUUACACAUUUGGACGUUAUUCGGAUUCUCGGGCUCAGCCUGGUCCCCAUCUUCUAUCGAGUCGGAGCUGGAGUUGACAUUCUUCCAAAUCCAUACAUAUGGCAUGAAGGUGGCGGGCUAUCGGAGUGGCAGAUUUUCAAAGUUGUGAUCUUGGGGUGGCUCACCUGUCUGCCCUUUGUCCUGAUAUGCGGGUACCUGUUUUGGUAUCAUGUUGAUCAGAGAGUCGUGAGAUUCUCAAAAUACGUUGAGGAGAGAUUGAAGAUGCCCAAAGCGUCGAGGAAAGGGUGACGGAGUUCGAUAAUGCGAGAAAUCAAUACUAAUAAUAUAUUCGGUAAACGAGGC